AUGGCACCUCCGCCCACCCACUCCCAUUCCCCCUCGACCUCGGCCCCAGUGCCCGCCACAGCAGACAACGCGGCCAUCACCAAGCAACAGGCAGCGUCCCAAGCGGUUCAGAUCCUGCUCGAGAUAUCUGCCCUGCUCAACUGUCGUCUCGACAAACAGACCAUGUCCAUCGCCAUCUCGCUCAUCGAGCAAGAUGUCAACCCCGAGAACCUGGCCAAAUGGAUCGCAGCAAACUCACGUGAUUGA